AUUUGUAGACUAAAAAAUCGAAAAAAAGAAAAUGGCCAGCAAACCAAGAACCAGUAAAGAAGAAAAAGAAGAGAAAGGAGGAGAGUGUUAAAAAAGUACAAAAGCCAAAGAUCAUCCCUCAUUCACAUUAUUUGUUCAGGGUUGGACAACACACCAAAGAAAGACUUAAGAUCUCGAACAUAACAGAUCUCAUUUUAUUUGCAUCCCUGCAAGAUGUUCAUCCCAGAUGCCAGUCUUGGUGUCAAAUAGAAGGUGCUGAUAAAGUCCACAAAGUUGUCAUUGUUAUUGUCAGUGGUGUGGGAGCAAAGGAAUUUCUGGAAAACAAAGAUAAUUUUCCUAAAUGUAGCAGCCUCUUUGAGUUGGGCAUAAACACCAAAGCCUCGGGAACAUACUUUAGUGUCAAACUUCCGCAUGAGAGCUUACUUUUCAUUGACAUGCCAAAGGAACAGCGAAAGAAACUGAGGAAAAGGCUGGAAAAGAGUGACACUAAACUUGGUAGAGAGGACUACAAAUUAACACUAGAGGAGAUGCGUCAAAAUAACUUUCCACUCCCAAGUGCUGUCAGUGGGGAUGACAUUGGGGAAGGAGAACAUAAUGGGUUUAUUUCAACGAAACCAUUUAAGAAGUCCAAGAAAUCUCCAGAAUCACCAAUGUUUGCAAUUGAUUGUGAGAUGUGUAACUCAGCACUUGGGAAAGAGCUCACAAGAAUAUCUUUGGUUGAUGAAUCAUGUAAGGUGGUUUAUGACACACUUGUAAAACCACCCAGGCUGAUACUGGACUACAAAACAAAGUUUAGUGGAAUCACUGCAGAAAUGCUGGAGAAUGUAACUACAACUUUAACAGAUGUUCAGAGACAUUUGGUAGAUAUUCUUCCUGCAGAUGCUAUUCUCUUGGGGCAUUCACUGGAGUUUGACCUUACAGCUCUUAAGCUCUAUCACACAAGGGUGAUUGACACUUCUCUCCUUUAUGGAGACAGUAACGGAGUACCUUUAUUUAAAUCAUCAUUACGGAAUCUUGCUCGUCAGCAUUUAAAGAAAGAUAUUCAGAAUGGAGAAAAUGGUCAUUGUUCAAUUGAAGAUGCAAAAACGUGCAUGGAAUUGGUUCAGCUUAAAAUUAAAAAUGGUCCUUACUUUGGAAGAACCUUUACAGGAAAGGAAGGAUUAUUCGAGAGAAUUGAACGUAGUAAGAAGAGAGGAUCCUUCCUGGAUUUCCCAGGAGUUGUAAAAAAGUUUGGCAAAGGCGCAACCCAUGCAGUAACUUGCUCUUCAGAUGAAGAGGUAGUUUCUGGUGCUGUCGAAUUAAUGGAGUCGUCCGAUAUCAUCUGGACUCAUCUUCAUGAAGCUGAGAUGUUUUUCAAAGAGGGGCAGUCAAGCAUUUGUGACAAACAGCAAAGAACUUUCAAGGACGUACUUCAUUCUGUGGACUCAAGAAUACAGCAAAUCCACGAUGCAGUGCCAAGUGACUGUUUGUUAUUAGUGAUGUUUGGUUGCAGUAAUUUAUCGCCCGUGAUAAGGCUUCAGUCACAGGCAAAAGAAAAUCAAGCCAGCAGAAGUGAACUGAAAGAAGUUGUAAGGAAGACAAAAAAUGGACUGUGCUUUCUGAAAAUUACGUAGCUGUGUUACUUUCGCAACAGACAGCCGAGAAGCAACCAAGUGUUUUUGGAGCUUGUUGAAGAAUGUACAAGGAAACCGUUUCCAAUAUUGCAGAAAUAUUCGUUAACUUAGUUCAGAAGGGUUUUAAUACACAAGCAUUCACAUUGAAUACUAAUUCCUUUGGGCCAAUUAUUCAUUUCUAAUAAAUUCAGUGAGAGAAAAUGAUACAGACUACUUCAAACGCUGCGAGUGAGAACUCCAUGAAAACCUACCUUUGUCAACAUGAGAGGCCAUUACAACAGCGGGAACGGAGAGGAAUUAACGCAUUUUAUGGUUCUAGCGGUUGCCUUUGAACCAUUGACGGAUUUUACAAGAACAUUUUGCACAUUUGAUUUUAGGAAACCAGCUGAGUAAACUCCAAAAGUUUUUGUGAAGAAACUCCAGGCAGUCAAAGUGAACUUUUUGCUAUUUGUUCACGAGUUUUAAUAAUCUUAACUUCGGUUGUGUAUUCAUAAAUUUUUUAUGAAACAACGUCUCGAAAUUUAUGUCAAAAAUAGUAUCUACGUUGUUGGGAGGUUAAUGAAUAUUCUUCGAGCUUCUAAAUCGAUUGUGAAGGGAUUGUUUACAGAAUGUUUUUUCAGUUUGCUUUCCCAGUGCCCAUACAUAAAAAUAUAAUGUGACAUUUCUUUUUGGCAUGAAA